CGGACACCAUCACCAGCCAGCUCCGCAGGACGUUCAGAAAGCGACUCAUCUCCUCUGUGUGUAAGAAGCACCUGUCAGAGAGGGAGACUCUGACGGUUCACUGCAGGACACACCACUCCGAAGCACAGAUGCCAGGGUAAAAAAACAAACUACUUAAUACUUGAUCCCACGAAGAUUUCUACGGGCAGCUCGUUCUCCCUUUGCAGUUAAAAUGCCAGCCGUGAUCCGGGAUAAAGAGGACUCCGAAUCCUCCUCAGAAGACGAGCAAGAAGACCAUCCUUGCAUCGCAUGGAGCAGCAUUAGCAAGACCAUCCCAAUUCUCCUGUUUAUCCCUGAAGCUGUUGUUUCAAAAGAUGGGAAUAUAUCAUCUGUUGGAGAACGAUAUAAUAUGGCCUUCAAGAUUGUGCGCACAGAGAGCCGCCUAGUACGAGAAAUACUCACCAAUCAUGGGUUCCAUGAGGUUCACCCAAACAGUAACGACUUCAACCUCAUGUGGACAGGGUCUCACCUCAAGCCUUACAUACUACGCAGCCUUCAAGACUUCCAGAAGGUCAACCACUUUCCCAGAUCACAUGAACUGACACGCAAAGACCGUCUCUAUAAAAACAUCCAGCGAAUGCAGCAGACUCACGGCUUCAAAAACUUCCACAUUGUUCCCCAGACCUUUGUGCUUCCCGCUGAGUACCAGGAAUUCUGCAAUUGCUUUGCCAAGGACAAGGGCCCAUGGAUAAUUAAACCAGUAGCAUCUUCAAGAGGACGUGGCAUCUACUUGGUCAGCAAUCCAAAUCAGAUUUCAAUGACUGAAAACAUUUUGGUGUCUCGCUAUAUUAAUAACCCACUGCUCAUAGAUGGGUUCAAGUUUGACGUUCGUUUGUACGUGUUAGUAACGUCAUAUGACCCUCUUCUCAUCUAUGUGUAUGAGGAAGGCCUGGCUAGAUUUGCCACAGUUAAGUACGACAGGACUUCAAAGAACAUCAAGAACACGUUCAUGCACCUCACCAACUACAGUGUGAACAAAAAGAGCAGUGAUUAUGUCAGUUGCGAUGACCCCGAAGUUGAAGAUUAUGGGAACAAAUGGAGUAUGAGUGCAGUGCUGAGGUAUUUGAAGCAGGAGGGGAAGGACACCACAUUGCUGAUGAAACAAGUUGAGGACCUCAUCAUCAAAGCUGUGCUGAGUGCUGAGCUACAGAUAGCCACCGCCUGCAAGACAUUUGUUCCUCAUAAGGCAAACUGCUUUGAACUGUAUGGUUUUGAUGUGCUCAUUGACUCCAACCUCAAACCCUGGUUGUUAGAGGUGAACCUUUCUCCCUCCCUGGCCUGUGAUGCACCGUUAGAUCUAAAGAUAAAGGCCAGCAUGAUAGCAGACAUGUUUUCACUUGUGGGCUUUGUGUGUCAGGACCCCCUGUCGAGACAGCCGCACGCUGACCAAAGAACACAGAAACCUUUUUCUGCACAGCUAGCCACUGCACACAGCAGAGUGCGACAGAGGCUGACAUCAGCCAACAUCUCAGAAACUCAGGGGCUUAAAGACAAGCGAGAAGCUAAGCUUAGCCAAGGAGACAGCACUCUGAACUUAACUGCUGAGGAGAUCAGAGUACUGCGGAGGAUAAAGGAGGAGUAUGAAAGACGAGGAGGUUUCAUUAGGAUCUUCCCCACCGCGGAUACAUGGGAGCUCUACGGUGGAUAUCUGGAGUCCAAGACAUCACUGAACUUCAUGUUGGCGAACAGACUUUUCCAUGGAAGGAAUGUGAAUGGGAAUGUGCAGCUGCAGGUGGACGUGGUCCAUGGCUGUCACGUUGUCCAGUAUGAGAGGAAGCUGCUGUCUCUGGAGGCACGAAAGAGGAGACAGCGCCACCUGACUCAUGGCUCUGCUGCGAGGAAGAAAAAAUCGGGGAAGGAAUCCAAGGCCUCCCUGACUGAGAACAGCAGUCAGGAGGGAGAGGAGUGUGCUCAGGAGGAGGUGAAACAUGUUUUUGAGCCAGUCUCACACAAGGCUUUGGUAGCAGAGCAAAGAAAACAAGUGGCCACACCACUGGAGCGCUGCCACAGUAAGGCUCAGUCCAGCUCAGAGGCAGCCGUGUGCAAUGCCAGCCCCACAGUCAACCUGCUCAACAUCCUUCAACAGGGCUGGGAACUCAGUAAAGUGCAGGCUCGGAUUGCUUUUUCCUCUUACCUCUGGCGAGUCCAGCAAAGACUGUUAGCAGAAAGCAGAGACAACACCAUCUCAGCUUGGCCAGACAAUGACAACGACCAAAUGGAGCUAGUGAUUCGCUUUCUGAGAAGAGCAGCCAGUAACCUUCAACAAGACAUAAAGGUAGUCUUGCCCAGUCGACAGUUACCACUCCAAGAUCGCAGACGCAUCCUGUCCCACCAGUUGGGGGAGUUUAUCCACUGUUAUAACAAGGAAACUGAACAUAUGGUAAAAAAACAGGAGAGCAGCAAAGUUGAGCAUUGUGUGAAUCCUGAAGUGUUUCAAGAGUACAUCGGUGCAGCGAGCGAAAACGAUCUGGAGGAAGUGCUGACAUUCUAUACACAGAAAAAUAAAUCGGCCACCGUCUUCCUAGGAACAAAAGUCAGAGGUGUUAAUAAGAAAGAUGUUCAUGAAGUAAAUGUCUCAGGCAAACGUGAGAAUUCUAAAUCUUUGGCUGUGGAAGAAGAUUCAAAGUUGUCGCUCCUAACAGGGAAAGUCAGCUCCAACCCAGACAUCAAGGCCACUGACAGCCAGCCUUCUUUUUGUAUGCUGCCUGAAGACCAACAGGCAGAGGUAAGAAUGGGUAAAACCCAGCCAGAAAUCCAGUCCUCUCAACAUUGCUCCAGUUUUCCUGUGACUUUAGACUGCACGCACAAUCAUCUGCAGCACUGCUCUCCUGCAUCCCUGCCUCUUCACUGCCCACCACCGCCUCCACCGCCUCAGCCUCCAUCUUAUGCACAGUCCUUGGCAAAGUCUCACUUCUGCCAUUCUGAGGGUCUUUCUGAUCCUCCUGCAUACACCGCUGCCCCUGUGGUCACACAACCUCCAAGGGUGAUGUGGACAGCCGCAUCCACAGGCUCGAACACAGUGACUACAGGGCAAUCAACACAGGUGCUCAGAAGGAUUCAGUCCUUUACCUCAUCCAUGUCUGGCUCUGGAUCAGCCUCCUCCAUCCCAAGUGCCACACACAUCUAUAGCCAGAAGCUCUCUAGACCCACAUCUGCAGGCCAAGUGACCAGGAGGAGCACUUCCAGUAAGCUCAAGUCAAACUCAGUGGGAGCUUUCAGGGAGUUGAACACCCUGACUGCCCAGGCCCAGUCCAACCAGCAGGCCUUCAUUUCAGCCCUGCAGAAACUGGCAGACAAGCAGGUUGCUCGCCACUAUGCCAGCUCCAGUCACAUCAACCUGCUGACACAACAUUUGACUAACCUGAACCUGGCCAACAAGAUGCUGAGCAGAGAGAGUUUGACACUGAACCCUAAAGCUGCUACAAUCCAUGGACCAGUGAGAGCUGUUCAUCCUGGAACAGCUCUGCCGAGCAGCACUGGCCACAGGCCACUAAAGGAAGAAGAGAGUCUUUGGGAUUGGCAAAUGCAGAAUGCCUGUAGCCUGAUGACAGGGGUCACACCCAAGCAGCACUACCAGCCCACCCAAGGGAGCUACCAGCUUCAGUUUGCUAUUCAGCAGUUGCAACAACAGAGACUUAAGGGUCAUCAUCAAUUUCUGGACCAGACCCACUGCAGACAUAAGGCUCAAUUUCCAGACCAGACACCACACAGCCAGGCUCCCACAAAAUCAUCCAGCUGCCCUCCUUCCAGCUUUCACACUCUGCCAAAUCAAAGCCACGGCCUAAGUCAUAUCCAGACCUGUGUUAGCCCAGUUCUUGCUCCAAAACCACCCAGCAGUGCCCGAGAGGGACAGGUCAGGAAAACGACUGCAAAGCGUCUCAUCAGGCAGAUGUCCUCAGAGAGUUCAGCCAGUGGAACCGUGGCCAGCGGCAAGCAGGUGGUCUACGAGGCCAUCUGCAGUAAAACAGGUCUUUCUGCAUACCGCCAGCUGUUCCAGGGUCAGGAGCCCACUCACAGAUGACAUGAAGGUGACCAGAGGCACGUCCUGCCACUCUGCAGGCCUGACAGGUGUCUCUGCAUGUAACUACAGCUCACAGGUUUAUUCCGGGACGGGACAACAGAUAAAGUAUGCCACACAUCGAACAGAGUCCUAUUAAUUUCUCAAUGAUACAGCCACAGACAUGCAAGAGGAUAGUCUGCCAGGCCAGGAAUGCCCAGCUUUGACGCAGGUCGGGAUUUUGUUGCACAGCUCCACCCUCUCCCCUCAUCGCCCUUGGCUACAAUCGGUCUAUAUCCCACAGUGCCCGCCCUCAUUCUCUCCAUGCUAUUGAUGCCACAGGAAGAUUUCACUGACAGAUAGCCUUCAGCAGAUGGUUCUUCAAGCCCUGUUGGUAUUUUAACUACAGGAUUCGUUGUUUUAUUCUGUACUCAGGCAGUGGCAUGUCCACCACAGCCAUGCAUGCAAAUUUUUCUUCCUUUUUAAAAAAACAAAAAAAACAAAAAACAAAACACAGGUGAUAUGAGGGUUUUGGUAACAAGGAACCUCUGUCAAGUUUUUGACAAGCAUUGUUGAGCCUGCAUGAGCAGCUUCUCAUUUUACAGACAUGAAUGGCGAGCAUGCAGAGAAGUUCCUUUCAUGUGUGGCUUCCAGCUUCAGACUCUCCUGACUCCCACUCCUUGCUGGAAGCCAAACAGUUGCCAAAUCAGUCUCUCUGCCUUUUUUGCCUGAGGAUGUGUUAAGCAUAGCUCCCUUUUUUUUUUUCUUUGCAGGCUUGAUAAUAAAAUGUGAUUGAAUUAUUGUUGCCUUGUUUUUUAUUUUACAAGGAUGAUGCAGCAUUGUUGCAAGGAUGUCCAGGUUUUCUGUAAAGAGCGUAGUUGGCUUGUGAUUAUUCCUGUAAACUGGUGAGAUAUUGAUAUUGUUUUCUUGGAUGGACCAAAUUCAUUAUUUUUGAUUAAAAAAGUAAAAUAUUGUCAUUACAUCAGUAUUUAUUUACUGUACAUUGUCCAACAUGACCUUUUUGGGCCAUUUCUGUAGCUCAAAGCAUAACAUAAAGAGGAACAAUGCUCAUGCACAGACCUAUAAUGAAGGUUAAUGCUGCACCAGGAGACCAGGAUCCUCACAGGUAUUCUGUUGCUUGGGACCAUAUAGCGAGUUCUCUCAGGGGGUAUUUAUAAAUAAAAAUAAAUAAAAUAAUGUGAGGUAAAUGUCAGCAGUUUUAUCAUAUGCUUAUAAUAACUGUCUGAAAUACUUGAACUUUGUGCAUGAUUUUCUCACAUCAGCUGAUGAUUAUCAUCAGUGUGAGUUUGCACAGAUUAUAGUUUUCAAUGCAGUACGACACAAUAUGUGUUAAUAUGUAAUUGACGGUGAAUGUUUUUGUAACACGUGCUGUUGAUGUUCAAUUUCAUGUUGUGAAUUUCUAACUGUUACAGCCAGAACACCAACAACAGCAGGAUGCAAAUCAGUGUGUGUGUGAUGUAAUGUGGUGACACAGCUUUGUUUACACCAUUUAGAAAAGAAAAAUGAAACAAAAAAAAACUUUUCAUUCGCUCUAAUAGUAAAUGUUUAUGUUUUAUGAAUACAUUUUACAGUAAUUUGCUCACGGAAGUGGCUUCUUGGAUUUUUCCUGUACAGCUUAUGUGUGUAAAUUAUUGUAUGGGACAUGAAUUUUUGAGAAAUACUUAAAAAACAUAAACAUUUACUACAGGUGUUUUUCUGUUUCUUUUCUAUAUGGGCCGUACCAUGUCAUAAUCUGUUUUGAUUGUUUACAAUAUGCAUGGAAAUGUAGUCAUUUUGGGAACCAGUUAGGCUGUUUGUAGCAAACAACAUUGAAAUGAAUACCUGGAAAACAUUAAAACAUAAUGGUUGUGACUGUAA